GGUCCCGCCCCGCGUGGCGUCACGGUCUCCGGUGGGGAUCCGUCCGUCCGUCCGUGCGGCCGCUGCACGGGAGCUCGGCCCGGCCGGAGGAUGAAGGAAGGGUCGGCGCUGCCCGCCGCCCCCGGCGCCGCCACGGUGCCCGGCUUCCUGGCCAAGCUGUGGGCCCUGGUGGAGGAUCCGCAGAGCGAUGACGUCAUUUGCUGGAGCCGGAAUGGUGAGAACUUCUGCAUCCUGGACGAGCAGCGGUUUGCCAAGGAGCUACUCCCCAAGUACUUCAAACACAACAACAUCUCCAGCUUCAUCCGACAGCUAAACAUGUAUGGUUUCAGGAAGGUGGUUGCUUUGGAGAAUGGUAUGAUUACAGCAGAGAAAAACUCAGUCAUUGAGUUCCAGCACCCUUUCUUCAAGCAAGGAAAUGCACAUUUAUUGGAAAACAUCAAACGCAAGGUGUCUGCAGUAAGAACUGAGGAUCUCAAGGUCUGCACAGAGGACUUACACAAAGUACUCUCUGAAGUCCAGGAAAUGAGAGAGCAGCAGAACAACAUGGAUAUCAGACUGGCUAACAUGAAGAGAGAAAAUAAGGCCCUGUGGAAAGAAGUGGCAGUUCUAAGGCAGAAGCACAGUCAACAACAGAAGCUGCUGUCUAAGAUUCUUCAGUUUAUACUAAGUUUGAUGCGAGGAAAUUAUAUUGUUGGGGUCAAAAGGAAAAGGUCUCUGACAGAUGCUGCAGGUGCUUCACCUUCCAAGUACAGCCGUCAGUAUGUGCGCAUACCUGUGGAGAGUGGCCAAGCAGUAAGUCUGUGCAGGGAAAGAGACCCUGAGUUAGACAAGAUGGCUUUUUCUGAACAUAAUGCAGAUGAUGAGGAUGGAAAUCGUACAGGUCUCAUCAUCCGAGACAUCACUGAUACCCUGGAAAAUGCCACCAAUGGUCUCCUUGCUGUAGCACACACAAGUGGCAGAGACAGAGAGACACAGACAGCUCUGGAUCCUGGCUUGCCUGUUUGUCAAAUAUCACAGCCCAAUGAGUUAAGCUGUGCAGAACCUAUCCCUCCAGUUCAUAUAAAUGAUGUCAGCAAAUCCAAUGAAAUGGGAAACGUUGCUGUAGAACUGCACACUGCACAAGCUAAUGCUCCAGAAGACCCCGUGUCAGUGAUUGACUCCAUCUUGAAUGAGAAUAACUCUGGAAACCAAAGUGAUCCUUUACUGGACAGAGAAGAAAUUCAGGAUUUUCUUAAUUGCAUUGAUGCCAGCCUUGAAGAGCUUCAAGCAAUGUUAUCUGGGAAGCCGUAUAGCUUUGGUUCUGAAGCUUUCAGCGAUGUGUUUAACCCUGAACUGCCAGCCCUGGAUAUGAACUUGAUGGAAAAUUCCCCUGGUAUGGAAAAUAUUGCAAACAUGGGAGACAGCACUGAAGAUCUGGGAGCAAGUGAGAGAGAAACAGCAGGAAGCAAAGAUAUGCAGCUGAUACAGUACAGGGCCAAUCCUCUGCUUUCGUUGUUUGAAGAACUGCCUUCUGGUGAAGCUGGCGGGAAGACAGAGGAUCCAAAAGACCUCCUCCUGGCUCCCCUGGAGGACAAACCCACUCCUGAUCCUCCUUCAGGUAGUGAAACAGUCUUGCCACUGGCAGUUCCAGCAGACCAGGCUGAGCCCCCAGUGGACACUCUGGGAAUGGGUGAUCCACCUCUCCUCUCGGAAGAUGGAAAUGGAGAGUAUAAGCUGUUCCCACUCCUGCUCCUCAGUCCUGUUGCUAACUUCAUAGAAGAAGCCUCUGAGAUAGAAACUUCCUGAACUCGGAUCUGUAACUGGCCUAGUGAUGUGAAAUAGACAGCAAAGAUAAAUGGAUCAACAAGAAGUUUGAUCUCCUCUCUCCUGCUUCCUGAGCAUCAUACUCUAUAUCAGCUAAAGUUCUCUAUGAACAGUGGGAAAGCUGAAAAAAGCCCUCAAAAGAAGAGCUAAUAGGAUUGAAGGCACUGGGAGGAGGGAAGGGCAGCCUCCCUGUACACAUGUAUUCAGUGUAUUUCAUAACUGUUUUUAUCUGAUAUCCUUAUUGCAAAAGGAGAGCUGUUUGUAUCCUGUUUGUAAAGUUUGGCUGAUUUUUUGUUUUUAUUAGCUAUAUACUAAUGUAGUGUGUAAUGUUUUACACAUGGUUUUUAUUCUUUCUGAGAUGUGUCAAGAAGUGUCUUCUGAUUGGAAUUCAAAUUUUUUGUUGUUGUUGCUGUUGGAGUUUUUGGGUUUGUUUUUUUUUUUUUUUUGGUUUUCUUUUGUAAUAUUUUGUGGCUACAAAUAUUUGCAUCGGCUUAAACUACUUUCCUAUUCCUAGAUUUGCUCCUAGGUACAGUGAACAUUUUUUCCUAUGGAAAAUUACAUUUUAACUCUGGAGUGUUACUUUUUAACAUGCUGACACACAUCCAUUGCCACGGGUUGCCACUGUGCAUAGUGCUGGUCUCAUGCACACUGCGUGGCUGCUUUUCCAGAGUGACCUGCACCCAGCACACAGGUCACCUGUCCUCGGGAACUGUGAGUAGCAUGGAGUCAGGAGAUGUCCAGCAAAGUCCAGAAGCUGUCCUUAAAACAAGUACACAAAAAGUCAUGGGUAAUUUGCAGUGAUGGGACAUCACAAUAAGAUUUCUCUUCUGCUUGCAAUAGCUGCAUGUUUAUCUGACCCUCUGUAGACAUUGGACUUUUUCCUGGAUAUUCUGCCUGUUGGAUCUUAAAGCUCAAUCAACUAAAUGGAUUGACAGCAAAUUACAAAAGCUACUAUCAGCUUCAUCAGAUUUUUUUUCCCCAAAAUUACCUCCUGCACUGUUGUUUUUCACAGCUGUUCAAAGGAGUGAAGGAAUCAACCCUUAUUCCCCCCUUACCAGUAGAGGUGCUCCUUCACCAGCACAAGGCUGGGAAGAGCCUAUCUGUAGCUCACAGGAAUCUGAAAUUUGCCACAGCCAUAACACAGCUGCUGGAGCUGGGAGAGCCCUGGGGACAGGCAGAAAAAGAGCUGUACAACACUACCUGAUAUUUUCAAGUGAUUGCAGUGGUAGGAAACGUUUUUCAGUUUUAGAAAGUCAGUCCACUUUACAGGCUUUAUUCUCUCUGAAGUUUCCGAACUAAUAAGAUUUGGGUUCUUUUUUGUGUUCCAGAAUCCAAGUUGUUUUUCUGUUUGGAAGCCUGCUGUGUAAUGCACAUUAUCUAUGCUGACCUCGCUAAGGUAGACUUGUGCUUUGUUGUCAGAUCUUCCCUGUUGUGAAGGAGGAUUUCGCUACUGAGUAUGUGUACACCUCAAAAACCUUCACAGUGUCAUUUUAUUCCCUUGCUUAUAACUGUUCCUCAUGUCUGUGAUCCCCUAUAUAUAUUUUUUUUUUAAUUAUUUCCUCCCAAAGGCUUUGAUUUUUGCCAAGAGUGAGACAAUAAAAACCAACCUUUUCCUCAGUGCUGUUUCGGCAGCACAGUGCAGGUCAGAGUUCUGUGAGGGGCUGAUCUGUAACCUCCGUUUCCUGAGCAGGUGAGACUUGGAAGUGCAGUCCUGUAAUGGAGCAGUGUCGUAUUCUUCCAUGAUGGAGUCUGCUCUCACUGUGUCUCGCCAUCAGGUAUUUGAAUUGCAGAAUUGUUUUUUUUUUUUAAACACGCUUAAGGAGUUAAGAAACUGAGGCUUAGGAACAAUUUGUGAAUCUGUGGUUUGUGUUCUGGCCUAGGAAAUGGAUAUACUUGCUACUUUCCUAAUAAGGAUUGCAAUACAAGGCUGAUUAGAGCAAGGAAAAGAAAUAAUACAUGCUGAACUAAUUAAAGUAUGGAAUUGCAAAACCCAAACUGUGAUUCUUGUAAGUUCUUUCUGUGUUCUUCGGUGUGUGCUGAUACAUUUCCCAAAAACAGUUCACUGAACUUUCCAGAAGGAAGAGCUUUAAAUUUCACUAGGUCUCAUUAUGCCACUGCACAGCUGAUGUGAUGCUUUCCUCAGGACUGAUAAUGCUGUCCUGCUAAUUACAGCUUUGCCAAUUGAUGACUGGAGUUGAUGAUUGGAGGGAGCUUUUCCAGCCUUGAUGAUCCAAUGACUGUGAUCUCAUCCUAUAAACAGUGAGCAACUCAAGAGCCCCUUGAGCUUUAAUGCUAACAUGGCUGCAUAUGAUCAAUGAAUGCAUGCAGCAUAUUGCAAAUGGAAAUCAUUAAACUUAAGGUUAGCAUUGUUUUGUUAUAUUUAUUUUGUUACAUUGUUAUCUUUGUUUUGCCCAUAUAGAUGAUUGUGUACGAAUGCCUGUGUGUGCCCAAUGCUCCUACAUAAGUACAGGAAUAAUGGUGAAUCUCUGAGUUGGAAUCUGUUUUGGAUGUUAUGUUAAAUGAUAUUCACCAGCCCCACUUUGGGGAAUCAAAGAUAAAAGAAUUGUUGCUAAUCCAAUGUGAGAAUAAGAAUUGGUGAAAUGAGACAUUGAA